CCAUUUUACUUAUGGAAAACAGUGUGGCAUAUUAUGCUGAGCUUUACCCUGGAAGGAGCAUUUUAAAAAAAAAAAUCUAUUGAGGGAAGAGAGAAGUAGUGGGCAUGUUAGUAGACAAUUAGUCGAGCCAAGCAUGCCUACAAGCUGCCAUCUGGACGAGCUGUUGACUGCCUUUCCUAGUAGCUGAUUUGAGAACGUGGAAUGCAGAGAGAUAAUGCUGCCUAUCUGCUAUCAGACAGCAGAAAAGGUUUUUGUCUUGGGAAGGCAAGCCUUCCCUGCAACAUUAUCUCAGCAGCCCUCUAGCUGCUUACCCUGAAAACUAGCGACCUCAAAGGAAGUGUUUCCGUCUGCGGAUACGGGUCCUGUGCGUGGCUGUGGCAUAUGAGUGGCAGGUCUGAAGAAGCAGGUGUGUGCUCGUAUAAGCACUGGACUGUAACACAGGCGGGUUUACCUGCUUCCUGUUAACAGAUUGUUGGCUCCGAGAGCAUCUGCCUGCACGCUGAGGCCGAGGCUGAGAAGGAGGUCCCUGUGUAUCCACUUGACUGAUAGAGACACUUGGAUUGGAUUUAAUCUUAAACCUCUGGAGUUCAAGACCUUUUAAAAAGGGCUAAAUAAACAAUCUCCACAUGUAAAAGGCCACUGACUCCUACUUCCUCUCUUCAGAGCAACUGUUGAACCCGGCUGACUGUAGGAAAACUGAAGACUUUAAUAACAAACCCUCCAAGGUCAAAAUGAAUACAGAUAGCGGUGGGUGUGCUCGCAAACGUGCCGCCAUGUCUGUUACAUUAACAUCUGUGAAGAGAGUUCAAAGUUCUCCAAACCUAUUGGCUACAGGGCGUGAUUCUCAGUCCCCUGACUCAGCUUGGAGAUGUUACAAUGAUCGAAAUCAAGAGACACUGAAUGGAGAUGCUACAUAUUCCUCUCUUGCAGCAAAAGGUUUUAGAAGCGUUCGACCAAAUCUACAAGAAAAAAAAUCACCAACUCAGGCACCCCCUUUACCACCCAGAAAAGAGAGCUUUUGUAGCUCCUUGGUAACCAAUCACACAAAGGGUGACAUUUUAGACCAAUUAGUAACUAACACACAAAUUCCCUCCUGUACAGAGCUCUUUACUAACAAAACACCUCUUCAGGGAACAAUGUAUUCUAAUGAUGACUCCAACCAGACGAUUUUGUAUUCUGAGGAAUCUAACACAACUGUGUCAUAUACACAAAAAAUCACUAAUCCACUACCAUCAGCUUCUGGCACAAAUGCCCCAGCAAAGGCUGACAUAAGUACCCCAUUUCUACAAGAGGAUUAUAUGCAAGAUUCUCAAACUCGAAGAAUUUCUACAUUGAAACUAAUCCAUAGUCAGGAUCCAGGAAGUAGCAUCCCGUUUAAUCCUCCACAGUUUUCCAAAUCUGUUGAAGUACCAUCAUUUCUCAAAAGGUCCUGCUCACCACCCCCUAAUCCAGCGCCUGAGAUACACACAGCAUCUCUUUCCAUUCAGAUAACUCCCCUUUCAGGACACGGUCCUGAAAGCCACAAACAGCCACCUGAGCUUUCUCCAGAGACUGCAAAGAUACCUGUUCCGCCAGAGAGACAAAAAUCUGCAGGUGCUGCGGCCUCUCAGCCCUCAGACUGCCAAGUGGGCGAGCACUCCUCCUGCUCCUCCAGGGAGUCCUCCUCAGCAACCUCAGAUGAGCUGCAGAUAGCUGACUCUGACACUACUGACCGUUCUGAAACACCUUCCCCAACUUUGGGUCAGCAGUCUGCGGUAACAGAUGGCACCACCUUAACCAUCCCUGGUAUCAUGCAUAGCCAGAUAACAGUGAAUGGAAACUCCGGAGGCACUGUGAGUCCAAUGAGUUACUAUCAAAGGCCGUUCUCCCCUUCUGCUUACUCGCUACCUGGCUCAUUCAAUUCAAGCAUUAUCAUGCAGCAUGGCCGGUCACUUGAUUCCACAGACACAUAUCCCCAGCACGCACAGUCUCUGGACGGCACCAUGGGAAGCUCGAUACCACUGUACAGAUCCUCAGAGGAGGAGAAGCGAGUGACGGUCAUCAAAGCGCCACACUACCCGGGGAUCGGGCCCGUGGAUGAAUCCGGAAUCCCCACAGCAAUUAGAACGACAGUUGACAGACCGAAGGACUGGUACAAGACCAUGUUUAAGCAAAUCCACAUGGUGCACAAGCCAGGCCUGUACAAUUCACCCUACAGUGCUCAGUCACAUCCUGCUGCCAAGACCCAGACCUACAGACCCCUCUCCAAAAGCCACUCUGACAAUGGCACCGAUGCCUUUAAGGAUGCUUCCUCACCCGUCCCUCCCCCACAUGUUCCUCCUCCAGUCCCACCUCUGCGACCAAGAGAUCGGUCUUCAACAGAAAAGCAUGACUGGGAUCCUCCAGACAGAAAAGUGGACACGAGAAAAUUUCGUUCUGAGCCAAGGAGUAUUUUUGAAUAUGAACCUGGGAAAUCAUCAAUUCUGCAGCAUGAAAGACCACCCCCUCUCCCAACCACUCCGACACCUGUUCCAAGGGACCCUGGCCGGAAGCCUAUUUCUAUGUCACCCUACGGAGAAGUAACUGGUAGCCCCUCCCCUCCGCCCAGGACCAGCAUCCCCACACCAAGCCGGUGCACCCCGGCUCUCUCUCCCAUCUGGACUGAUCGCAUAAAUCCAGAUGACAUAGAUUUAGAAAAUGAGCCCUGGUAUAAAUUCUUUUCAGAACUGGAGUUUGGACGCCCGCCUCCUAAAAAGGCUCUGGACUAUGUUCAAGAUCAUUCUUCUGGUGUUUCCAAUGAGGCCUCCUUGUAUCAAUCCUCUAUAGACAGGAGCCUGGAAAGACCUGCUAGUUCUGCAAGCAUGGCCAGUGACUUUAGGAAGAGGAGGAAGAGCGAGCCUGCGGUGGGACAGCCGAGGGGCUUGGGGGAUCCAAGUGCAAGCAGGACUAGCCCAGGUCGAGCGGACCUCCCAGGAUCAGGCACUACCCUGACAAAGUCUUUCAUUAGUUCUUCUCCUUCUUCCCCAUCAAGAGCAAAAGGUGGGGAUGAUAGCAAAAUGUGUCCAUCCCUUUGCAGUUACUCAGGGCUCAACGGCAACCCCUCCCAUGAGUUAGAUUACUGUAACAAUUACGGACAGCAUUUGGACGUCCCGCAUGACUCACAGAGGGCCAUUGCUUUCAAAAACGGCUGGCAAAUGGCCCGGCAAAAUGCAGAGGUCUGGAGCAGCACUGAAGAAACAGUCUCCCCCAAAAUCAAAUCCCGUAGUUGUGAUGAUCUCCUAAAUGAUGACUGUGAUAGCUUCCCUGACCCCAAAACCAAGUCGGAAAGUAUGGGUUCUCUGUUAUGUGAAGAGGACUCCAAGGAGAGCUGCCCCAUACCAUGGGCUUCCCCCUACAUCCAGGAGGGCAGAUCAAGGCUUCGAUACAGGUCAGCCCACAAUGCCCCAGGGUUCCUAAAGAUGUACAAGAAAAUGCACCGCAUCAACCGCAAGGAUUUGAUGAAUUCAGAGGUGAUCUGCUCUGUGAAGUCGAGAAUAAUGCAGUAUGAAAAGGAGCAGCAACACAAGGGCCUGCUCCAUGGAUGGAGCCAGUCCUCCACUGAGGAGGUGCCCAGGGACAUGGUACCCACCCGCAUUUCCGAAUUUGAAAAGUUGAUUCAGAAGUCAAAAUCCAUGCCAAAUUUAGGAGAUGAAAUGUUAUCACCUGUAACCCUAGAACCACAACAAAAUGGUUUAUGUCCCAAAAGGCGAUUUUCCAUUGAGUCCUUGCUGGAGGAAGAAAAUCAGAGUAGGCACCCAUCUCAGGUACAGCGAAGCUACACGUCUAAAACCCUGGUGCCGAUCCACAUCGAAGUCACCAGCGAUGAGCAACAGAGAACUCAUAUGGAGUUUUCUGACAGUGACCAAGACGGAGUGGUGUCUGACCACAGUGACUACAUUCAUGUAGAAGGAUCGUCCUUUUGCAGUGAGAGUGAUUUCGAUCACUUUUCUUUCACUUCCUCUGAAAGUUUUUAUGGAUCCAGCCACCAUCAUCACCAUCAUCACCACCACCAUCACCGGCACCUCAUCAGCACCUGCAAAGGUAGAUGCCCUGCCUCCUAUACUCGAUUUACCACAAUGUUAAAACAUGAAAGAGCUAAACAUGAAAAUACUGAAGAGCCCAGACGACAAGAAAUGGACCCUGGCCUUUCUAAACUGGCAUUUCUGGUCAGUCCCGUGCCUUUCCGGAGGAAAAAAAAUUCGACUCCCAAAAAACAGACAGAAAAAGCAAAAUGUAAAGCAUCUGUAUUUGAAGCUCUAGACUCUGCCCUUAAAGACAUCUGUGACCAAAUUAAGGCCGAAAAGAGAAGGGGAAGUUUGCCAGACAACAGUAUACUUCACCGUCUUAUCAGUGAACUGCUGCCAGAUAUUCCUGAAAGGAAUUCCUCACUCAAAGCUCUAAAAAGGAGCCCCAUGCACCAGCCUUUCCACCCACUGCCUCAAGAUGGUGCUAUUCAUUGUCCAUUGUACCAGAAUGACUGUGGGAGACUGCCUCACAGUGCCUCCUUCCCAGAUGACACCAACAACAACUACCACCAAGACCAUGACAGUGCACUGAGCCUCCAAGACCAUGAGUCCCCUAGAAGUUACUCAUCCACAUUGACUGACUUGGGAAGAAGCACAUCAAGAGAAAGAAGAGUAACUCCAGAAAAAGAGAAAUUGCCUGCAAAAGCUGUUUACGAUUUUAAGGCCCAGACAUCCAAGGAGCUAUCAUUUAAGAAAGGAGAUACCGUCUACAUUCUCAGAAAAAUUGAUCAAAAUUGGUAUGAGGGAGAGCACCACGGGAGAGUGGGCAUUUUCCCCAUCUCAUACGUGGAGAAACUCACACCUCCUGAGAAAGCACAGCCCGCAAGACCACCUCCCCCAGCCCAUCUUGGAGAAAUCGGAGAAGCUGUAGCCAAAUAUAAUUUCAGUGCGGACACAAAUGUGGAGCUAUCACUGAGAAAGGGAGAUAGAGUUAUUCUUCUUAAAAGGGUUGAUCAAAACUGGUAUGAAGGUAAAAUUCCAGGAACCAACAGACAAGGCAUCUUCCCUGUUUCCUAUGUAGAAGUCAUCAAGAAGAAUACAACCAAAGGUGCUGAGGAAUACCCUGACCCUCCAAUACCCCACAGCUAUUCUAGUGAUAGAAUCCACAGCUUAAGUUCAAAUAAGCCACAGCGUCCUGUGUUUACUCAUGAAAACAUUCAAGGUGGGGGGGAACCGUUUCAGGCUCUGUAUAACUAUACUCCUAGGAACGAAGAUGAGCUGGAGCUCAGAGAAAGCGAUGUCAUUGACGUGAUGGAAAAAUGUGAUGACGGAUGGUUUGUGGGAACCUCAAGAAGAACCAAAUUCUUUGGUACUUUUCCCGGAAACUAUGUCAAGAGGCUGUGAAUCACUCUCCCACAUUAUUUAUGCCGCAUCUCAGCCCCAUCUCUGCAGAACUUUGCCUGAAAGAUCCCUGCAGGCCUCCUACUGUUAUGCCUUCCAGUUUCCAACAGAAAUCACCCACUGUCACCAUCUCCACCUGCCACCAAACCACCAGCAACGGACCUGCCGCCGCCAAGCCUUGGGGAGAUUGGCGGAUCUGCUUCCACGUGAAAGCACUUAUUCCUGCUUUCUGCUUUAAACUUCGAUAAGUCGAUAUGUGGCAUCAGAAAGAAAAUCAUUAUACUUAUUGAGGGUUGAGUAUUUGAGGCAAAAAAAAAAAUUACUGUCUCAAAGAGGCUCCCUGGUCCACUUUGGAAGAUGUUCUCCCCCAGGCAACCAAGUUUAUUACUACUUGCUGUGGUUUGCAUUUUCACCUUCUUAGCUUGGCAGUAUAUUUUCCUUUCACAAGUCUGCCUAGUGUCCUGGUUUACACGAUAUGACAACUGUACUUCAGCUAUUGUUUGCCUGCACUUAUAUGUUGUAAUAUGCACAGUGAUUACAAAAUCUAAAGCAAGAGUAGGAAAGUUAAUUCGAAUGAGUGUGAUUUUGUUGAAUUGAACGUGAGUUUCAAAUAGGAGUCUUUUCCUACAGUUUUUUUGUACUUUUUAGAAGUGCAAACAAUAAAUGAAUAAGAGCCUUUGGUAAUAAUCAUGAGAAUAUAAGAGGUUUAGCUAGACUACAAAAAAACUAUUGUGUUGUAAAGUUGCAUUGCUAUUUUCUAUUAAAGUGUAAUAAUCAGCAUCAUGAACAAUGAGCUCUUAGUGUUUUAUUUAUCUGAUAAAAUUUAAAUAAAAGCAGUGUUAGUGAGAGGUGCAAAGAAUUAUUCUAAUAUAGACACUUGAAAGUAUCUGUAAGCAAUAUUCAUAGGUAAGAUUUCACUGUGUGUACACAUACACAUUUGAGAUUGUAUGAGAACAGACAAUCCAUAUGAUAUGCUGUACAUUUUACUGAAAUGUAAAAGAAUCUCACACGUUAUUUUAUAGAAAUAGAGUACUUCAAAAGCAUCACAAGUAUUAAGGCUGGUUUUAGCAAGGGUUGUGAUCCAUACAAUUAUUUUUACUAUGAUAAUUAUUUUUCUUCAAUGGAACUCAGAAUCCUGGCACAUUUGAGGACAGGAAUAUGUUGAGCCUGAUUUUCUGGUAUGUGUAAAAUAUUUCCUCGGAAAACACUAGGCACUUUCUAGAGGCAAUGUUAAAUCCUUCAGGUUAUAUUUUCUUCCCUGAAGUAGAAACCUACAAGAUGAUAUUGGGACCUGAAAGAUUUAAUGUGGUUAACAGUGCCUGAAUUACACAUAUCCUGAGAACUAGCUUUGUAUUUCUUAUGACUUUGCAUAAGAACUAUUCAUAUUUGGAUCUUGAGCACCUUAUAGAUAAAAACUUUUUACAGCAUUUCUUCUGUGGACAGUGAUUGAUCUUUUCACAAUGUAUGUAGACUCUAGAAUUUUGUAUAUAUGUUUGCUUUUUUUUUUUUUUUUUUUUGUACAGACUAUUGGGUUGUUGAGAUCACAGGGGAAUUUCCUAAUUUGGUCUUUAUCCUUCACUUAAACUAAGCUAAAACACUUUCCACAGAUUAUCCUCCACAUCUCCCACAGAUCAUCAUUACGCCUUGAUAGUGCGAUUCUGUAAGAUAGCACUUAUGCAAAAGUUUAUGAACAUAAAAUAUCUUAGCAACCAAACUGAAAUGUAUGUAAAUACUGAUUACAGAGGAAUUUCAUUAGGAAGAAGGUAAAGAAACAUCUUUGAGUAGCCUACCUUGAUUAUUGUCAAGUUCACAGCCAGCUUUAUAUUUUAAAGGCUUUGGGUUUGAAAUUAGGUCAACUGCAUGCAGCUUUGCUGAUAAAUGAAUAAUUACUUUUGAUGCCAUUUAUGAGAAAAGACUUCAAUAUCUGUUGCCUGUAAUAUUUAAGAAAAAUGACUGUUUCUACUCUCUGUAUCUGAUUUUAAAAGGAAAAAUAUUCAUACCUAGCUUUUAGGUAAUUGACUUUGAAUUCUUACAAGCAAAGGUCAUUGUGUUUUUCUUGAAUAGACAUCUAAUAAAUUUUGCUUGGAAGUAUA